AUGCGUUCGCACCAGUUCCUUGUCCUCACGUCGGUGAUCUUGGGGGUGCUCGAGUCUUUGGUUUCUGGCGCGCCUACGAUACCGUUGAGCAAGACGAGCCGCAUUGUCAUCGUUGGCGGGGGACCGGCGGGUGUCCACUACUCGUCCCUCCUCGCCAAGAAGGGCUUCACAAACAUCCGAGUUCUCGAAGCCACCAUGAGCGUCGGGGGAAGUCGACGACGGUCACCGAUUCCCACAGAAAGCCCCACGAGCUCGGAGUACGACCCGACCAACACCAAGUUUCCGUUUGCGUUCGAGAAACCCAACUACUUGUACACGAUGGGCAAAAGUGCGGGGGCCGAGGACAGUGACCCGACGACGGUCCGGGACUUCCCGCACUACCUCCUUCGGUCGAUUCAAGAGAACGCCCCUGCGGGGUUCCCCUCUGACGCGUCCCCCGAGCAACUCAUAGCGCUGUUUCAAGAGCAGGCGGUGCGGUACAUCACGCUCCACCGCCAGAUUUUAGGAAACUACGAGUACGGCCUCCCGCCGGAGCCCAAGGAUUGGAGCCUUAUCGACAUGCCCGCCAUGGAAUUUCUCAAGGCCAACAACCUGACCGCACUCACUGGGAUGUUUCGCUUUUCGCAGCAGCAACAAGGCUACGGCGUGUUGGAACACAUCCCGACCUUGUACCUUAUGUGGUGGUCCCAUCCGCAGGCGGUGUCCAAGAUCCUGACAGCCCAAGUCACCAAAUCCACUUGCGCGUACCAGUUUACUAGAGGGUUCCAGAGCAUCUGGAAAGCUAUCUCGAAAGCCCAUCGCAACAACAUACAAACAACGAAUGCGGCACAUCCCACGGUGGUGCAAACAACGUAUGACGCCACGGUCACCAGCAUCACCCGCGGCCUUGACGGCGUGUCCGAGCGAAAAUUAUCUUACAAAACGAAAGCCGGGAAUAGCUACGACGUCGAGUUUGACCACCUCGUGAUGGCCGUCGAUUUGAGUCUGUAUGCCUCGUUGAUCACGGAUUUGACGGCGGAAGAACGAGAGAUUUUGAUCGGGACGUACACGGCGUCGACCUUUGUCACGACCUUGUUUGAUUCACGCCCGUCGCCGGUGGAAACCGCCGGCAUGAUCUGGCACUACCGCAUGACCGAAGGCGGCCGCCUCAGCGCGCUCCGUAACACCAAGCUUGCUUUUCAGUAUCAAAGCUCUAGCAACUGGGGCAACUUGAUCAACGGACACCAGACCCGUAUCGCGUAUCAGUACUACGACCAACCCCUCGCCCAAGUCGCUCAAAAUACGGUAAUGCCACUGUUGAGAACGGACCUCAAACUGGCCGGCAUGCUUGGCAUCACUAUGGGGACAACGCGCCGUUUCAACUACUUUCCACGGUUUACCCAGGAAGGGCUCAAGAAGGGCUUGCCGUGGAAGAUCCUCGACAUGCAGUUCGACCACAUGACCACGUGGAUUGGCAGCAGCGUGUGCUUCGAGAGUGCUCUCGACGUCGUCACGUACAACAACAACUUGAUCAAGCGGGUGCACAUCACUGAGUAAACGAUCAUGCAGGAGAGAUAAUAUACUAUCCACAGUUGCAGAGAUUAUCAUGGCGCUCGGCGAUUCAGCUGACCAGAGCCCCCGGCUGUUUCUCGGAAGAAGCUGUCAUGGUCGAGUCAUUGCAGGAUUGUAGGGGUUGCAAAACGAGGUUGGCUAACUUGAUGAUGGCGGCUUCCAUGGACGGACACCGGCCGACAGAGGCGAUGUGGAGACCGCUUCCAUCCGAACCCGUCGCGGUGACGAAUGGUUCUCACCCGUGCCUCUGGUAUCAUCCCACGUCAGACUUGCAUUUGGCCCAGGCGAGUUGCUCCUGCCUGGCAUCACAACUCCGGUGUCAUUGGCCUUGGGGUGUUCGAUGAGAUGCAAUUUCGUGGUCAAAGGUGGAUCGUUCCCAUGGGACUCGACGCGGCGAUCUGUCCAUGCAUUCUGAGUGAUGCGGUUGAAUUGAUGGUGGGUCUG